AUGGCCGGCUGCUGCCUUUCCGCAGAGGAGAAGGAGUCGCAGUGCAUCAGCACGGAGAUCGAGCGGCAGCUGCGCCGGGACAAGCAGGACUCCCGCCGGGAGCUGAAGCUGCUGCUACCGCUGCUGGGCACAGGAGAAAAUCUCAGGAGUACUUUCAUUAAACAAAUGAGGAUUAUUCAUGGAUCAGGUUACAAAGAGGAAGACAGGAAAGGCUUCAUAAAACUGGUUUACCAAAACAUACUUAAUGCUAUACAAGCAAUGAUCAGAGCCAUGGAUACUCUCAAGAUACAGUACACAUCCAAAGAGAAUGAGGAGAGUGGUCAGAUGCUCAAUGCAGUAGAAGUGGAUAAAGUGACAGUGCUGCAGUUGAAGCAAUCAAGAAGCUCUGGGGAAGACCCAGGAUUUCAAGAAUGCUACAACAGACGGAGGGAGUACCAAUUCUCAGACUCUGAUAAGUACUAUCUUACUGACCUUGAUCAUAUUGCUAUGCCCUCAUUUGUGCCAACUCAGCAAGAUAUUCUUAGAGUUCAAGUGCCAACUACAAGAAUUACUGAGUAUCCAUUUGAUUUAGAAAAUACUAUAAUUAGGAUCGUGGAUGUCAGUGGCCUUCCACAAAGGAAGUGGAUCCAUUGUUUUGAAAGUGUUACUUCCAUCAUUUUCUUAGUUGCAUUAAGUGAAUAUAAUCAAGUCAUGGUGGAAUGUGACAAUAAGAAUCGAACGGAACAAACCAAGGCCUUAUUUAAAACUAUCAUUACAUAUCCAUGGUUUCUGAAUUCUUCAGUCUUUUAUUUAAAAACAAAAUAGGAUCUUCUAGAAGAGAAAAUCACAUCACAUCUAAUUAGUUACUUUCCAGAAUACACAGGUCCUAAACAAGACGUCACAGCUGCCAGAGACUUCAUUUUGAAGCUGUAUCAGGAUCAGAAUCCAGGCAUGAAAAAAGUCAUCUACUCCCAUUUCACUUGUGCCACAGACACAGAAAAGACUCAUUUCGUCUUCGCUGCUGUUAAGGACACCAUCCUGCAAUUAAAACUCAGGGAGUUCACCCUGAUUUAA